AAACAGGACACUGACGGUCUCGCGUAUAUUGGAUCUGGAGAGGACGAUGAUCCUUUCAUAGUUGGCCUCACCUCUGUUGCAAUGAUUGAUAGUUGCGUGAAGUUUGCUACUGGAGAUGGUAACAUUUUGUUCCACGCCGAUGCCACUUUCAAGUUAAGUGACAAUGGUUACCCAGUGAUAACUUGUGGUUUUACGGACCAACGCCGUGCAUAUCAAGUCGGUGCUGUCUUUGUUGUAAGCCGGCGGACUGAGCAUGAGUGCACAGAGUGCUUCAAAGCGCUUGUCGAAUUAGUGCGCAGCUUUCGAGGAGUUUCAUUACGCUGUGAAUUUACGAUGAGCGAUGCGGAGGACGCACAGUUUCUAGCGCUUCAAAACGUUCCGAGUUUUACGAACUCAACCAAGUUAAUGUGUUUCUUUCACGUUCUGUAUAACGUGCGAAAGAGAACACAGCAUCUCCCGAUCGAUGAAAGAAAACUUGUGAUGGCCUCCAUCAUGGACAUGCACUUUUCACGCAGUUUGGUGGAAUACGAAUACAAACGAGAUAUUCGCAUUGCAGAAUGGAAGGAAAAGACUCAACUCGUUGUAUUUCCAGAUUAUUUCGAGCAGCAAUGGCUGAAAGGAAUGUACUGGAGGUGGCAAAUGUUUCACACUCCUGAAGGGUGCGCAACCACAAACAACCCUUGCGAAAACCUGAAUGGCAGUCUAAAGCAUUUUCUCCAGCGUCGUCGUUUUGAUAUGCGGAGACUGUUACUUAAGAUU